UCAAACCGCAUUAUUUUUAUACUCUCUGCAUUUCAGGCUUCUGUUUCUCCGAUCAAUGGCGCUUCGUAAAUUACUCUCGAAGCGUUUCUAUGACGGUUGCAGAGAGAUUCCGAAGUCUUCAUCUCUGGAACACUCACCACUCUCCACCCUACCAGCUGCCUCUAUCCGGUCAACAGCUAUACUACCACCGCCAAAUGCAGCCAAACCAAACUUUACCUCGCCGGAAUCCUCCUUGAAAGGAAUUUUCCGAAGAUUCCUUCACCGGAGAGCCAUUAACGAGAUGCCGGAGUUUCUCUCCCUUCCAGUCGGUGAGAAGCUGAGAGAGAAGCUUAAAGGCAUCAACCUUACGGAAGAACGGCUGCGUUUGGGCGAGGUCAGUCCUCCAUAUAUUCCGGUUAAUAAAAAAUCUUUUGGAAUUUCGGUUGAGGAUGCUAGAAAACUGCUGAGGAUUUCUCAGUUGGAGAAAUUAAAAGCGAGGCUUACAGAGAUACCAAAUAGCUCCAUUUUGUACCCUCAGUUUCUUCAAAUUUGUGUUAAAGAGUGUGGAAAUGAGGAUCAAGGUACUGAGUUUGCUAAAAUGUUGGAUCAGUGUGGAAACGUCAUCGUCUUAGGCAAUAUCGUUUUCCUCCGCCCCGACCAGGUGGCUAAAUCAAUAGAGAAUAUAAUCCCUCAAUCAAUUGCAACACCUAAUGAUCCGAGAAGAAAACAGCUGGAGCAUAUGGACAUGCAAAAGGCCUUCAUAGACCAACAAGCUAAAGCCCAAGUCAAAAAGGAGCUCUAUUAUGGGCUUGGGCUUAUGAUGGCCCAGACACUUGGAUUCAUGAGGCUAACUUUUUGGGAGCUCAGUUGGGACGUGAUGGAGCCCAUAUGUUUCUUUGUCACGUCAAUUCAUUUUGCACUUGCUUAUGUGUUUUUUCUUAGGACAUCGGUUGAGCCUUCUUUUGAAGGUUAUUUCCAGCGAAGGUUCAAGUCUAAGCAGAAGAAACUGAUGCAGAUUCACAAUUUUGAUGUGGAAAAAUAUAAUCAGCUUCGCAAAGCAUUUUAUCCAAGCUUUAGUGAUAAUUUUCCUUGCCCUCAAGUUCCAAAUUUUUGUGCUCAUUAAUUCAUAGUUGAACUUUAAAGAAUGGGCCUAUAAGUAGUGAAUAGUGAUGUGAUGUACAUAUGUUUGGACUCAUUAAGUGGACUUGGGCCUUGGUUUCAGGAGUUUUAGACUGGACCUUGAUCCAAGUCGUUUAUGAAUGUUACUGCUCCCAUCUGUCGGGUUAUUGUGUA